CCUUUCCUCCGUCUGAUUUCCUCCACAGGUGUGAGGUCUCAGGUUCAGACUCAUCAGACUGUAAUGGGAGCUGUAGGAGAAGAGGCUCAUUUAAGAUGUUUGCUCACUGAACCCAAAGACGUUCUUCAAGUCACGUGGCAGAAAAUACUGCAUCAUGUUGACAAGAAUGUGGCAACUUACAAUAAGUUUGGCCAAAGAGUGGAUCCUGAUUUUAAAGAUACAGUGAAGUUCAAAGUUACUGAACUACAGAACAGCUCCAUAGUUAUCAGCAGUGUGACAGAGCAUGAUGAAGGUUGUUACCUGUGUCUGUUUAACACCUACCCUGAAGGAGCGUUUAAAGGAAGAACCUGCCUCCAAGUUUGUGAGCUUCAUGAGCCCAUUCUUCACGUCAGAGGAUCCAACUCUUCUGAAGAGUCCCUUGUUUCCUGCUCAGUCACAGCUCGACCUGCUCCCACAGUAACACUGACUGUCACACAGCAGCACCUCUACUUCUCCCACUACAGCACCGUCACUGUCACCAACGCCAACAACACACUCACUGUCACCAAGACAGCUGUGCUGUCUGGUCUCCAUGGCGACGGCACACAGGUUGGAUGUGCAGUGAGAGUCCCCUCUGGUCCUCAGAAAGAGGUGUUUAUGAAUAUUACUGAGGUUAAACCAAAGUCUACUGAUGGGUUUGAUAGAGAAGCGCAACACUUCAGUUGGAAGUUAAUUGUGUUGGGAGUCAUCAUGUUUGUGUGUGUUUGUGUGGCUGCAGUCAUCUUCAAACAUGCAGGAAACAAGCGACUUCAGUCUUUGAUCAGAUCACCUCAGAAGAACAGGAACCCACUAGAUGUCUACAAAAGCAGGGCACUCACAUCAGAAUAUGUUUAACUCCGAAACAUGUAUGUUAUCAACUGUGAUCUGUCUGUCUGUAAACCAGGAUUUUAGUGAUGUCCAUUAGUUUCAAAAUUCAGAAAGAGAUUUUUA